AUGUCUGAAAGUCUUGAAUACUAUCAAAACCAAAUUCUCUUGGCUAGAACAGAAAUAAAAAAUCUAAGGCAAAAGCUGACGGCACUUAAACAUGAACACAGUAAAGAAAUAAAAACUGUCAAAACUAUGUUGAGUGGAUUUCGCUGUGCCAAUUGUAUAGAAACAGCAGCAACAUACAUUUCUAAUCAACAAAGUCAAGAUACACCAUCACCAUCAGAAGACAUCUCAUAUUCUCCAAUAGGAUAUAUAGAAACAACCUUUGAGAAUAAACGUGCCGUACCUCGACAGCCCUCAGUUUUAUCCAAAGCUAAAGGUGUGGUUGUUAUAACUACAGACAAAUUUAAUAACCCUGAACAUGCAAUAAGUGGCUUAGAAGAGUUUUCACAUAUGUGGAUACUAUUCCACUUCCAUUCAACUGCAAGUACAAGUCCGCCACCUAAAAUCUCGCCACCACGUCUAGCUGGUGAGAAAAGGGGAGUGUUUUCCACCAGGUCCCCACAUAGGCCUUGCCCUAUAGGUCUAUCAUUGGUUAAGAUACAUAAUAUUGAAGGAAACAAAAUUACUUUUCAUGGUGUGGAUAUGAUUAAUGGCACACCAGUUCUUGAUAUAAAACCAUACAUUCCACAGUAUGAUUAUCCAAUACAAACAUUUUCAUCCAUCUCCUUGGAUCGACCACCCACUGAAGGGACAAGUGAUACUUUGGAAUUAAAUAAUUUACAGAUAAACAGUGCAAGACCCAGCCCCCGUGUCGAAAACCCCAUAGGUGGUGAUACUAAUUCUCUUGAUUCACCAUUUGAUGAUGAAAUACCCUCACCCAUUCAAAGCAUAUCAGCUGCUGUUUCACCAUUAAGCACAAAUCGAAUUGAUCAAUCUCCUGUACAUAGGGGAAAUCCAGAUGGCCAAGAACGGUUCACUCCUCCUCAAAUGAUCAUUAACCAUAGUGAUUGUAUCAGAGUACCAAAUUGGAUAACAAACCCUAUAUCACAAACAUAUAAUGUCAGAUUUACAGAUGAAGCGUUAGAAAGACUUAAUACAUUGAUUGGAGAUAGGGCAGUGAGUUUUAAGACUAGUAUUGAAAAUUUACUUUCAGAUGAUCCAAGGUCUUUGUAUGUAAAAACUAAAUACCCUGACCAUGAGUACAGCUGUGUACUAGAAGAUUUGUCUAUAAGUUGUGUGUUUAAUUCUAAUACAUCUGUGUGUACUAUAGUAGCAGUAAGAAAUGCUGAAGAUUUGCAGAAUUGA